ACAUACGAUGCUGUCUCCCUCUAUAGACCAUAAAUAUUGAUGCUCAAUCUGCACCUUCCACCACUCCGAUUGCACCGUCGACUUCCUCGAACGAGCGCAUCCUUAUAGCAUUCUUGACUCAUCCUCUCAUACUCUCUAGACACGGUAGCAUUUGGGAGCCCCCAGACAGAGUCACUGAAGGUGCCGCGCCUCUGCAACCGCUUCUAGGCGUUUUUGUCGCUGAGUGACAUGGCCAGAUACCUACUCCCUUCCUCCGGAUGCAGGCAACCUCCAUCGUCCACGUCCUUCUCGCCCGAGGGAUAUUGUAUUCGCCAGUCUCCCACCUUCAUUCUCCGCGGCAUUUCCGCCUUUGACAGAUCCCACCCGUUCUUCUCUACACAGCAUUCAUUUCAAACCAAUUAACCCAUUCCAACCAAUGCC